GAAACAAGACCAAUGUCAAUAGCACCAAACAUUGAGCUCGAUCCUGGCCGACAUGGACAGCAACAAGGAUGAUGUGGACGUAGAGGGGUUGUUUCCCGUCGUGCUGGACCUGUGGAGCUCAAGUCUACCGAGAGUCUUCCAGCGAAGCGAACUGCGGUUCUUUUGUGGCAUCCACCUUGCGACCUGGGGCGCAUUCCAAGAGGGCUGGUUCCAACAGAAACGUGAAGCCGAUCGUGGCAUUGACUUUGAUCUUGGAUCAAUCCUGAGUGUGGACUGGGUGGACCUGAAAAUGCUGACAAUGAUUAGCACCGUUCUAUUGUCCUUUUACGUCCACCAAUGCUUUCGAAGGUAUCAGCUGAUUUGCACGCUGACAAUGCGCAUGUUCAGCUCUGUACAUGACAUCGCCUUUCAGGCCAGGCUCUUCCUGGACACCAAGAAAUCGCGGCUUUGCAGCCGCUGGGUGACCCUAGCAGCCCUUUUGAGCUUAGCCACAGGCCCUUCGACCAGAGCCUGGCGGAAACUCUUAGCACAUGGCUUGGUGCGGCGAGUGGAAGUGGAGCCACUGCGGCGCAUGGGCGAGGCCCGGGGAUGGCUACUGCUGCAAGAGACUGUGGAGCUUUUGCACCAGGAGGUUAGCGGCAAAGUUCUGAGCGAAAUGAUCUCUCGAAUACUGGCUUUCCGUGAUUGUCAGCAGGUUCCUCAUUGCACUGAGUACUUACAUUUUGUUUCCGCUUUGAACAGGAAUGUCUCACAUCACACUCCCUUAAUUGCAUGCUACUAGUACGGUCACAAACAAGAUCGCAUAUUCCGCCUUUGCUUUCGCUCCGCUCUAGAAGCCCGGAGGAGAUCUUGGAGACCAAGAGGUUGUCUUUACCUUUCACAUACCAUCAUCUAUUGACAGUGGUGAUCAUGGUGAACCUCAGUUUGCUUUCUUAUGGCUCCGCCUUGUCCACAACUUGCCUUGCGCCUCCAAUCUUCUUCCUGGUGGCCAUCUUCUUCUUUGGUAUGAUGGAGGUGUCAGUUCAACUCUGGGAUCCCUUGAGCGACGAAUCAAGUUUGCCAGUGCAGAGACUUACCCAGGAGUUUCUUUGGUCCAUGCAUGCUCUCAUCUACUACGAGCACGAUGGGCCUGACGAGAAAUGGCAAAGUGAUUUGCGGGAGGAAUCCAGUGCGCCUUGUGCCUUCCUGCUCUGAGUUUGAUUGUCUCCAGAACUCCAUGGUACUACUAGGAAGGUGUUGAAAUUUGGCGGUGCCCGUUGAGGGCAUUCUUGGAUCAUCGCUCGAUGGACCAUCCUUUCGGAAUGCACUGGUGGAAGAGUCUUUUUUAACCGCAAAGACUGCGGUGAAAUUCCACUCGAGACGUCGCUCCAAAGUAUUUGAGUGAAUCACUGGUGCGAAAACGAUAGAAUGACGAUGUCGAUCCCAGUCCCUGGCUUCUGACCAGCUUGGUCAGCAUACGCUGUUUUCAGCUUCGGAAA